ACGUAAUACACAAAAACAUGGUUCCCUUGUUUUGAACCCGUAAAGCGUGCUAAAGUGCUGCUUCUUUAACUCCGCCGCGCCUCCGCCGAGAUGCUUUUCCGACCCUGAUCCACCGGGGAAAACGUUCACGGGGGAAGACGAUGGCUCAGGCCGCGGAGACGUGCGCCGAGUCCGGACGCAGGCUGCGCUCCAUCUGCCGGAGGAUGUACGACGAAAACGAGGACUUGUCUGAUGUGGAGGAAAUUGCAAACAUCAGAGGUUUCAGCGUGGAGGAGAAGCUCGUCAGUGACAGCUACAGCGCAGACUUUGUCCACUCAAUGGAGGGUAAAGACUUCACCUAUGAAUAUGUGCAAAGGGAGGCCCUCAGGAUCCCACUCAUUUUUAAAGAGAAAGACGAACUAGGGAUCAGAAUGCCGGAUCCAGAAUUUACAGUCAGUGAAAUUAAAGGAUUAGUUGGCAGUCGCCGGUCUGUGGACGUUAUGGACGUGAGCACUCAGAAAGGCACUGAGAUGAGCAUGGCGCAGUUUGUCCGUUAUUACGAGACGCCGGAGGAAGAACGGGACAAACUGUUCAAUGUCAUCAGCUUAGAGUUCAGCCACACUAAGCUGGAGAACCUCAUCAAGCGGCCCACAGUGGUGGAUCAAGUGGACUGGGUGGACAACAUGUGGCCUUCUGAUCUGAAACAAAGCCAAACAGAAGCCACCAACGUCAUUUCAGAGAUGAAGUACCCUAAAGUGCAAAGGUACUGUUUGAUGAGCGUAAAGGGCUGCUACACAGACUUCCACAUUGAUUUUGGGGGAACGUCGGUGUGGUAUCAUGUGUUCAAGGGACAGAAAGUGUUCUGGCUUGUGCCUCCAACCCCACAUAACCUUGCUCUGUAUGAGGACUGGGUACUGUCAGGCAAGCAGAGCGAUAUCUUUCUGGGAGACCGAGCUGAUGGAUGCCAGAGAGUGGAGCUUAAACAAGGAUACACCUUCUUCAUCCCGUCUGGGUGGAUUCAUGCUGUCUACACUCCCGUGGACACGCUGGUGUUCGGAGGCAAUAUUCUGCACAGCUUUAACAUUCCUAUGCAGCUUACCAUCCAUGAGAUAGAGAACAGGACUAAGGUUCAUUCGAAAUUUCGUUUUCCGUUCUACUAUGAGAUAUGCUGGUAUGUUCUAGAGAGAUAUCUUCACUGCCUGACCAAACGCUCCUACCUUUCUCAAGAGGUCCGAAAAGAGCCUAUGGACUUUGAGACAAAGGUGAAGACAGAGAGUCCCUCCUCUGACUCCAGGAGCCAGGACACAUACGAGGAUUCAUGUGGGACUCAAGUCAGGGAGGACCAGGGUGAAAAAUCAGAAAGAGUCGCUCAGGAUGGUCCCUGCUCGCCCGACGCCGGGAAGGGCCAACACCUGAAAGCUGUUUUAUGUAUUGACUCUGAGGACAGCUGUAAUCCCGGCUCCACCUCUCUAGAUUUCCCCAAAACCCCUUCUGACUCGCCGGCCUCAGAGUGUCAGAAUAAAUGGACUCAUUUGACGGAGUUUGAACUGAACGGACUCAGGACGCUGGUUGAGAAGCUGGAGUCGCUUCCUGAAAACAAGAAAUGCGUUCCAGUGGGAAUAGAGAACCCACAAGCUCUGCUGGAGGACAUGAAGGCUGUCUUAAAAGAACACGCUGAUGACGACCCCAAAUUAGCAAUUACUGGGGUUCCUGUGGUGUGCUGGCCUAAGAAAACUAUAAAGCCCCGGCCUCCCAACCGGCCGAAACCUAAGAUGGCAGCAUCUCCUGCAUCAGCAGUCAAGCUGUCAGCUAGUCGGGGAACAUCUGGUGCCAGGAGGAGAAGGACGCGCUGUCGAAAGUGUGAGGCAUGUCUGCGGACGGAGUGUGGAGAGUGCCACUUCUGUAAAGACAUGAAGAAGUUUGGUGGGCCGGGGCGAAUGAAACAGUCCUGCAUUAUGAGGCAGUGCAUUGCUCCUGUACUGCCCCACACAGCAGUAUGUCUAGUCUGUGGAGAGGCAGGAAAGGAGGACACAGUGGAGGAUGAGGAGGAGAAGUUCAACCUCAUGCUCAUGGAGUGCUCCAUCUGCAAUGAGAUCGUUCAUCCUAACUGUCUCAAGAUUAAAGAUUCAAAUGGAGUAGUCAACGAUGAGCUGCCAAACUGCUGGGAAUGCCCAAAGUGUAACCAUGCUGGGAAAACAGGGAAAGCCUCAAAGCAAAAAAGGGGGCCAGGGUUCAAGUAUGCGUCAAAUCUUCCCGGCUCGCUGCUGAAAGAACCACGACUAAACCGAGAUCCAAAAGAGGAGCUCGACCCGCCCAUGGUGGCCACAACAACGGUCACUACCUUGACUACGACAUCUGUUGUGAAGAGAAAGGCAGAGCGGGAAGUAAUCUCAAAGAGGAACGACGAGGAGCCUCCAAAGAAACGUCCCCCCUUGCUGUCUCUGGAUGGCAUCCCCCGACCAAGACUAGAGGACAAUCCGCUGAGGAAAAAGAGGAAACUUUUUGACACCAAUGAUGAACCUGUUAUUAUGAAGAAGAAGAAGAAGCCUUCAAAACUGGAAGAUCCGUUCACUUCAAAGCUGUUGCGGCAAAUCAAGACAGAGAAUGAUCAUGGUGAUGAAGACGAUGACCAGGAGGAUCAAGAAGAAGAUGGCUUGUCUUUGGAAAGGAUGCAUAUAAAAGAGAAACAUGAGUAUGAUGAUGAGGACCAAGAAGAGGAUGCCGAGGAAGAGGAGGCAGUGACAAAAGAGAGAGACAGUAGUACGGAGGACAAAGCUAAGGUCCUACUUAACCCACUGCUGAGGACAUCCACAGCCAGAGAAAGUGACCAGUCCUCCUCCAACUCUCCCAGAGCCGGACCAAGCAGCGAGUCAGGAGAAGCUCAGGAGAGGAGCUCUGCUCAGCUCAAAGCUCGCCAUCAGCGUCGACGUCUUCCCAACAAAGAGGCGAGCAAAGAGUCCAACCAGGAAACUGCCAAGACAGAAGACUGUCCGAGCAGCCAGAAGCACGGCUCAGUGAAGACGGAGGACAUCCCAGCCAAUCACAACCGCCGACCACUGAAGAACGAAGACUGUCUGACCAAUCAGAACCGUAAACCACUAAAAACAGAGGACUCGACCACUAAUCAGAGCCGCAGAGCUGUUAAACUGGAGGAAGGUGUGGCCAAUCAAAACAGACAACCGCUAAAAACGGAGGACAGCUUGGCCAAUCAGAACCACAGACCGGUAAAAUCUGAGCCUGAGAAUGAAGUAGACGAGCAGAAGCCUAGAUGGCCUCUUAAUAACGGCAGCAGCGAUCUGGGUGACUGGCUGAGGCACCGGGGGCGGGAGGUGAACGGGACGCCACGUGGCUACUCGCCGCUCGGCUGGAGCAGAAGCACGCCCAUCACACCCAUGUGCCCCCGACCGCUCCCCUGCCGGUCGCCACCAAAAUGCAUCCAAAUGGAGCGCCACGUGAUCCGGCCGCCUCCCAUCAGCCCUCCGCCCGACAGACUGCCGCUGAACGACGGCGAAGCGCACGUGAUGCGACGAGAGACGUGGAUGACGGUGUUCAGUCACCUCACUCACAGAGAUCUUUGCGUCUGCAUGCGUGUCUGCAGGACCUGGAAUAGGUGGUGCUGUGACAAAAGGCUCUGGAAGCACAUCAAUCUGAACCGCUGCAAGUCCAUCACACCUCUCAUGCUGAGCGGCAUCAUCCGGAGACAGCCAGUAGCUCUGGACCUCAGCUGGACCAACAUUUCCAAGAAACAGCUCAGCUGGCUAAUCAACAGACUUCCAGGUCUGCGGGUGUUGCUUCUGUCAGGAUGCUCCUGGGUGGCCGUCUCAGCUCUCUGCACCUCCAGCUGUCCACUCCUGCGAACUCUGGACGUUCAGUGGGUCGAGGGUCUGAAAGACGCCCAGAUGAGAGACCUGCUGUCGCCUCCCACAGAUAACAGACCAGGUCAGUUAGACAACAGGAGUAAGCUGCGUAACGUGGAGGACUUGCGUCUGGCAGGGUUGGACAUCACGGACACGUCUCUGCGCCUCAUCAUCCGUUACAUGCCGCUGUUAUCUAAGCUGGACCUCAGCUACUGCAACCACGUCACCGACCAGUCAGUCAACAUCCUGACUGCUGCAGGGACGACCACCAGAGACUCACUCACUGACAUCAACCUGUCAGUGUGUAACAGAGUCACAGACCAGUCGCUGACCUAUUUCAAGCGCUGUGGAAGCAUUUGUCACAUCGACCUGCGAUACUGCAAACAAGUGACCAAGGAAGGAUGCGACCAGUUCAUCGCAGAAAUGUCUGUGAGCGUACAGUUUGAACUGAUAGAAGAGAAACUACUGCAGAAGAUCAGUUAGGAGGACUGUGACAUUCACAAGUGGUAAAACUACUGUCCACAUGGAGGCAGCAGACGACUGUGGAGAACUGAUGUAAAGGGAAGCUGCACUGCUCAGCCAGAAUGUAAAAAAAAAAGAAAAGAAGAAAGUCUUGUCCCGUGAAGGCAAUAUUACGGAAACAUUUUUUGUUGUUGCACCUGUUUAUAAGUUAUUUAUUCUUUAUAUUGAUCGUUUACGUAUUGUAUCACAAUUAUCUUUUGGUGUUUAUAGACUAUUUUUUGUUCCAAUGCAAAGUUUAUUGCAUUAUAGAUGAAUAUUUUUGUAUCAGAAAGUGUUUCAUACAUUUAUGUGCAGUAUUAAAUGCACAGCUGUACAGUAUCAUGGCAUUGAAAUUGAUAAUCAGUCGGCAUUACUGUUAAGCUCUUUAUUGUCAAGAGGCAAAGGUCUAUUGAUUUGUUGCCAAACUGUAGGAUGGUAGCUUGUGUUUGUGGGGGUGUUUUUCUAUUAUGUUCUAUGUGCCAGUGCUCUGUUUCCUAUUAGACAAAGGUACUGUAUAUUUUGUUUUCUAUAUGACGAUACCAUUUGGAUGAGAUAUCUAGUAGGAAAGUUUUAACAAGUUAUUUGCACUGAUAUGGUCGAUAUGAAUACUCGAAUGUAUUCUCGCAUACACUAUACAGUGUACAGUGUAUAAAGCAUAUUUUUUCAACACUAAAACGCUCUGCUAAUUUUACUAACAGCUUGUAGUUAACGGGGUUAUAUUAACGCACACCGACAUCUCCGCCAGUCUCCUUUAGUAUUAUCGGUGCUUUGUGGAAGGAAGCGUUAAAGCUCUGCAUGCAGCAAAGACAUGUUUACACCACAGUCAGUAGAUUUAGUAACUGUUAAACAAUAUAACCAUCUGUUUACUCCAGUCCUUAGCUGAACUCCAUAUAAUUAGAAAAUGAGACUAAGUGUUGAAUUAAAAUAAAGAAAAAGCAAAGCCAAGGAAUAUUCAUUUUGCACAAAUCCUUUAGAAAAAAGGAUUCUCUCAUAUGAUAGAUGUGACCAGGUGGAGAAUAAAGCAAGCGGUUCUCUGCUUUUCUUUCUGUUACUGUAAAAAAACAACAGCAGUGAAUCUGUCUGGUAAAACCAAGAGAUGAUCACAGGGUUCAGAAACACGAGGCUCGUAGUCCAUGUAUGUUAUUCCUUUUUCUGGUGAGCUAGCAACAGAAUUUCUAAGCGAUUUGUGCAAAAUAUAAAGUGAAAAAGGGUUUUGCUUGUUCUGCAUUCUUUGAUUCUGCUGAAAGAGACAUGUAUGACACUGGUUCUGUUCUUAAAGUUUUAUUAUUUAUGACCUUUUGAGUUUAACUUCUGAAAAAGCUUCAUCGUAACUCAUGGCGUCAUUCAAUAGCAUCGUUCUUACUGUGUUCAUCAUUUUAAUGUUUAAAGUCAUUCAGAAAUUGCAAAUUCUGAUUUGGCCUAAAAACAUUCUAACUCAACAGUUUAAUAAUUGAAUAGGUUUUCAUUUCUCUUUGAUGCUUAAGUUUUUUCGAAAGUCUUUUGUGUAACUUUUGAAUAGCGGUCCAUGUCCAUACAGUUUGGUGGAUGGAUUUAAAGUUUUAUGUUUUUAUUAAAAGACCACGCCUCCAUGAAAUAUUUUAGUACAUUACUUCAGAUCUAUCUAUCUGUACAUACUGUACACGUAAAGCCUUUAGGAAAAGUUAAGUCAACCUUUGAGAUAUUAAAUUCAUUUUAAAUACUGA